CCGUUGCUAAAUAACUUCACUUCCUUUACAAGCCCGAUUGAUGACAAAACCAAACAAAUGUCACUUGCUUCCUUUUAGUUAGGUUGAUGUUUUCCAGACAUUUCUUGCUAGGGUGUUAACAAUUCUUUCGUGGAGGACUAUUCUGAGAUGGCCUGAUCUUUACAAAAGAUGAAUAUAUGUUGAGGAAUGUGAUUUAUCACAGUAAUUGUAACAAGGAAGACACAUUUCGCUUAACUGGUACUUGAUUCCUAAGUUUCAAUGAGAGAGUUUAACACUUGAAGUUUGACGGUCCAACCUACAAGUAUGGAUGUUUUGUAUGAGGGAUACCUGGAAAAAUGUUUGAAUCCUGAAGAGAUCAAGAGAGAGUGGAGAAAGCGAUAUUUUGUCCUGAAAAGAGCCCUGGGAAGUGGUACUCAAACACUUGAAUAUUUCAAAGACAAAGAAUGGAAGAAGCAAGAGCCAAAAGGGGUACUUACAUUGUUCUCAGGCUAUGCAGCCUACAAAGUACUUGAUUCAAAGAAAAAGCUCACUUUUGAGGUUAAAACAAUGGAUAAUUUCUUCAUAUUAGCUGCAUCCUCAGAUGAAUUAAGAGAAAAAUGGAUAGAAGCUCUGCAGCAGAACAGCUCUGUUCGCUCAUAUAGUGUAGCGAUAGAAGAAACACAGAAAUCAUUGGAAAUGGGGCUAAAGAACAACGAGCCUUGCAUGCUGCAAAUAACCUCGUCAACAGUCUUGCUUAUAUUAGAAUCAAGUGUUCCUAUUUCAUGGCCAUUCAACUGUAUUCGACGAUACAAGUGUCACCCCGGCUCUUUUCUCUUGGAGGUUGGGCGCAAGGCUGCCACUGGCGAAGGGGUGUUUCGCUUUUUCACCCAGGAGGGUCAAGAUAUUUUUGAGAUUUUAGGAAAAUCGGUUGCUGAACGCAUGAGCUCAAAGCAAGAGUCAAAAACAGAUCUAGCAUCUAGUUUUGCGGCAAUGUCAUCUCCCAGCAAUGACAGCCAAAGUUCAGGGCCGCUAAACAUUACAGGGGGUAAACAGAACCCGUUCAUGGAUAUAACAGGUGGGGGAGACGGAAUCAGAUUUGUGAUGAAGAAACGCAGCACAUCAUCACCUCCGCCUUCACCCAAAGAAAUUUCAAGAUCACCACCAACCAUUGAGGAUACUGGCAGAAGCUAUAGUCAUUUGAAGUUUGGACACGAGAAACCAGUAAGCGGGCAAGACCCUACAGAUUAUGAGCAGCUAGCAAGGGCAAAGCAGUGCAGCCGAUUCAACAAAACGAGAAUGUCAGAAAGCAGUCGAUCCGGUGCCGCAUCGAGCAGCAAGGCUUUGAAGGUCCUUGGUUUGAUACGUUCCAAUAGUGCAGAAAAUUUGCAGCGCUCAGGCAGUGUAAGUGGCAGCUCAGAAUCAAGCAACAAUAUGUACUCGCGCCUAGAAUUUGAAGGGCAAAGUCCUAAGAAAAGUCAUUCAUCUUCAAAUAUUUUAGAAGAAUCUGCAAGUGGAAGGAAAGUAUUUGAAUCAAAUCUAGUGCGACAGAAUAGUGAAAAAUCAGACGAAGAUAGCCUUUACAAUAAACUUCACACAGAUCUAGGAAAAAAGAUUGCAGCUUUUCACCAUGAUAGUACUACCUACAAUGUCCUCAGUCAGGCCGGCUCAAGUGAUGGUUCUGUCAUUCAGAAUGAUCAAGAUGGUACAUAUGAUAAGUUAGGAGGGAAUCAAGGUGCUGCUAUACAUCGAGGCAACAGACCAGAGCCAAUUCUCAUCACAGAUGACAAUUACGAUGCUCUAAGAUUUUCAAGCGAUAAAAAAAAUCUAGAUGAAAUCAAAGGAGAGCAAGUUUCAAAAGAUUACGAAGUCCCUUGGUCGGCGCAACAUGUCCCCAGCCCCCGAUCACCAGAGGAGGUUCAAAAGCCAAAUCUAGCUGGCAGGGCCCCCAUUGCUAAGCCAACGCCAGCUGGCGGGAAACCAGCUAUUGGUAAGAAGCCAAUACCAUUGAAACCACCGAGAAAACCCAACGUUUGUGAUGUCAAUGCAAACACUGAUAUUCAAAGAGACACACAGCAGACAGAGGUGAAAUCAGUGGGUAAUGGAGCUAGGGAAAAUCUAAUUUCGCAAUUAAAGAAAAAUUUUGAGUCUCAGGAUUCGACUCAGCCGAAAACACCAACAUCGCCUCUCAGUCCACCAAACUCAUCGAAAAAGCUCGUUGAACCAUUUUACGCAGUGUCGCCAUUUGGAGGAGGAAAUAAGUCACAAUUUGCGUUGUCAAGUGAAUAUGAUGUUCCAACUAAUAAUGCUCCAAGAUUCCCAGUGCCAUCAGAAACCAAGCAGCCUAUGGGUUUUGUCUAUGCAGUCUCGCCAUUCCACAGCGGAAGUCAAAAAGCAGAGUCACAGCUCGAUCAAAACCUUUACGACACACCAAACCCGAUGGCUGCAGUUCCAGCAUCAAGUUUCGCCCCAACCAAUGCAUAUGAUACUCCAACACCUCGCCCUGCCUUCAACAACGAUGCAAAUUUGUACGAUACGCCUAGUCAGGUUAAUGCUGUGAGGAAUGCUGCGCCAUUUCCAAUGGCAGCAAGGGCUCCUUUUCAAGCACCAAAUAAAAACAUACAGUUUACCUAUGCUGUGUCCCCUUUUGCUGGUGGUCAGAGUAGCUCAAAUCAGAUCGACUUCGGCUGUCACCAAGAGGAAGCUGCAUACUGUGAAGUUUCUGAACUAAGGGACGGUAAUAUGCGUAUUCCUGGCUAUGAUCCUGUAAGUGGUGUUGUUACUUCUGGCAGACAGGUUCAAGAAGCUAUAUAUGCCAAUCCUAGAGACUGACGCAUAAAAUGCUUCCCUUUGGUCGACCUAAUGGUAAAAAAGAACGGGUAUUAAUGUAAAUAUUGCCCUGGGCUGUCAGAAACUUUGAAGGUAGAGAAAUAGACUGAUUAAAAAUGAUACAUUAACCACGAGUUGCACUUUUAAAAGUCAGAAAUUUUUUACUUUCACAUAGCAGUAAAAUUUCCUUUAUUUAAUCUGACAUUUUCGUUACUGUCGCUUUGCGAAAUCAUUUGACUGCCCAGAUUUCCUUACCUUGUUUAAAAAUGUCCUCUGCUUUUCUACAUUUUAGAGCUCAUUUUGUACGCUUGGUGGAUUUGUAUGUUUGCUUUUUAUAUGAUGUUUUUUAAUCGGAAUAGAAUCAAGCCAGAAGAACUGAAUUUAUUGUUGGACAGUAUUAUUGUUUAUUGUCAAUAUAUAGCAUUGGCAAUUUGUAUCAAGGGAUUGAAUUUAUAAUGAAAUUUACUUUUACUCGACACAAAUCCUUGGUGUAAUUUUUAGAAAUUGUCAAGUAAAAAUCAAUCGUGUAUAAUCCAACGCUCUUCAGCUGUGUCCACCAGACGUCCCACUAGUUAUGGACCCCAUUAGCUCUUGACCCCAUUAGAUAUGGACCCCAUUAGUUAAAAACCCCAUUAGUUAUGGACACCAUUAGCUCUUGACCCCAUUAGUUAUGGACCUCACUAGCUCUUGACCCCAUGAGUUAUGGACCCCACCCAUUAGCUCUUGACCUCAUUAGUUAUGGACCUCACUAGCUCUUGACCCAAUUAGUUAUGGACCCCAUUAGCUCUUGAUCCCAUUAGAUAUGGACCCCAUUAGUUAAAAACCCCAUUAGUUAUGGACACCGUUAGUUCUUGACCCCAUUAGUUAUGGACCUCACUAGCUCUUGACCCCAUUAGUUAUGGACCCCACCCAUUAGCUCUUGACCCAAUUAGUUAUGGACCUCACUAGCUCUUGACCCCAUUAGUUAUGGACCCCACCCAUUAGCUCUUGACCUCAUUAGUUAUGGACCUCACUAGCUCUUGACCCCAUUAGUUAUGGACCCCACCCAUUAGCUCUUGACCUCAUUAGUUCUGGACCCAAUUAGAUAUUGUUUUCGAUUGUUCUGCGAAGUUAUAAGACAGCAGCUUUUAUUCAAAUCUUGAGCAUGUUUACAAUGUCGUCGUAUAAAUCUUUUUCAGUCAUGAAAAGUCACAUUUUUCUUUAAAAAGUAUUGGUGGUUUAUGAUGUAAUGCUUAUUUCUUGUCCUUUGUUUCCUUGAUAAUUUUUAUUAGAAUAAUUUUUUUGUUACGUAUUUACCCUUUUGUAGCUCAUUAGCGAGCUCCAUAAUAUUGUAUUUACCCUUUUGCUAAGCCUUCUCUUUUGUCACGAAAACUAUCGAGUAUUUGAAACUGAUAAUGACGUCAUCUUUGCGAAAGAUUGAAAUUAAUGGCGUUAAACUGAUAAAAACGAAUUGGCAUUCGUGACUGGAAAUUUUCCAUCCUUGGUAUCCAAUUUGAAGCCAUUAGGUUCUAGAAAUCGUAAUUAUAUUGCUUGGAACUUCGAUUUUAGAACUGUUAUUUGUGUAAAAGCUUAGAUUAUAUUUUAAUUUUGAUAUAUUGUUUGGUGUAAAUAAUGAUUUUAUGAAUUUCCAAUGUAAGAUUUAGAAUGCAGAUUAUUUCACAUUUUGCUAGUA